AUGGCAGAUUCUUCCAGUGAUUCAGACAACUUUCAUAGGGAUCGAAUAGGAAGACGGCCACCUUUGAGAGCAUCCCGCAACAGAGCUUGGAACUGUGGUGCUGAAGAAGUUACAGAGAAGAUCCAUACUUUAGCAAGCACUUUACAGGAUACCAACAGAAAUCUAAGACAUGUUGACCACUUGCUAGGACAAUACAGAGAAUACAACAAGGAACAAACCGAAGCAAUAGCAACUUUAAAAGAAACACUGGAACAGUCUAUAGGUCAAUUAAGGGGCCAACAAUUAACUCGAAACUCUGGAAUGAGAAGUGCUUCUCUCUCAAGCUUAUACCCUAGUGAUUUGGAUGGAGGAGGAGUGUCAGGGAACCGCCACUUCCUGCCUACUUCUCCUCUCAGGGAUUAUGGAGACUCACAGGGCAAUAAACAUCGAAGGUCUAGAUCCGCAAGUGUUCGAUUUGUCAAUGAGGCAGAUAAUUUGGACCAGCUGCAUUCUUUCCACCAGUCUCUUCGAGAUCUCAGUAGUGAACAAGUUCGCCUAGGAGAUGACAUCAGUCGGGAACUUUCAAGAAGAAAUCGGACUGAUGCUGAAUUAAGAAAGACUCUAGAAGAAUUGUCUGAAAAGCUCACUGAGUCCCAAAGACAAACGGUGAGUGUUUCAGAACGGGUGGAGAGAAGACUUCAGGAGAUAGAACAAGAAAUGCGUCUUGAAAGACAGCUUGUAGAAAGGCGCCAGGACCAACUGGGACAUAUGUCUCUUCAAUUACAAGAGGCUUUAAGGAAGCAAGGUGCUAAACGAGAUGAAACAGAAGAACUCAUGAAAAAUAAACUUGUGAAAUAUGAAAGUGAGAAGAACCAACUUGAGCAGGAAUUGGAGCAGUCCCGGAAGAAGCUGAAUGAAUCAGAAGGCAGUAGAGAAGCUCUUUUGCAUCAGGUUGAGGAUCUUCGUUCCCAACUUUUGAGAGCAGAAGAAGACCGUGUAGAGUUGCAACAUCAAAUUUCAAAUAUUGCUAUGCACCGCCAGAGCUACCAGGACAUACAAGAUGAUGACAGGAGAAUUAGAACAGCUGAGAGAUAUGAGAGAGAGAAGCAAGAACUGGAGAAACAUAUUUUAGAGCUUAAAGCAAAGCUGGGUCAUAAUGCUGUAAUGUCAGAGGUAGAAGAACUAAAGAGAUGCAUAGAGUGUAAGGAUAAGGAGAAAGCACAGCUUGUAAUGCACAUACAG